AAAUUAGCUUCCUCAUCCAAAAAAAAAAAAAAAACUUCACCAUUGUUCAUUCAUGGCAGAUCAUCAGAGACAGAGGAUCCACCCUGUGGUGGUGGAAGCUCCAGCGCCACCUACCACUCCAUUGGUACCUCCAGGUUCCUUGAGAUCAGAAAAGGGCAGUAGUAACCCUUAUCAUCGUCCUUCUCCUCUUCUGUUGCAACAUUCACAUGCCAUGCCACCAAUCAUACCGUUACCACCAAAGAAAAGAUCAAGAAGCUGCUUCUGCAAGUGCUUAUGUUGGACAUUAUUCUUGAUUUUCCUCUUGUUCAUUCUCAUUGCUGCAAUCGCCGCAACCAUCUACUUUGUCUUCAAACCAAAGCUUCCAGAUUACUCAGUUGACACCUUAAGGAUCAGUGAUCUUAGACUCAACUUCGACAUGAGUUUGUAUGCCAAGUUCGAAGUGAGGAUCACAGCAACAAAUCCAAACAAGAAGAUUGGCAUAUACUAUGAAAAGGAUGGGAGAAUGAGUGUAUGGUAUACAAACACUGAACUCUGCCAAGGCUCGCUGCCGGAAUUCUACCAAGGACAUCAAAACAGGACAGUUCUGAAUUUGUCCUUGAGUGGUCAGGUGCAGGCCGGGAGCACAAUUAUGGCAGCGAUACAGCAGCAACAGCAGGCAGGAAGGAUUCCAUUGGAUCUUAAGGUGAAGGCGCCGGUGGCAAUCAAGCUCGGGACGCUGAAGUUGAGGAAGGUGAAGGUCUUGGGGGAAUGCCAGUUGCUAGUGGAUAGCUUGUCAUCUAAUAAUCUCGUAAGCAUCAAGGCUAGCAACUGUAAAUUUAGGAUGAAACUUUAGAUUUGAGCGUGUACUUGAGAGGGCUAGAUAGUAGAUAUUAUGUUUGCCUUAUAUCAUGUGAUUUUAUUAUUUUCAAUAUGGGAUUUG